CGCCUCUCCUCGGCACCAGCUCUCCGUUCCCCUCAGCUUAGUCCUUCCCACUCGCCCGCUGCCGCCCCCGGGGAGCAGGUGCCCGUCUCCCGCAGGGUAGAGGCGCCGGUGGCCCGGGCAGGCCGGCAGGCAGCUCUCCCCGGGGAGCCGGGUGCGCCGCACUAGCCGGCCAAAGGCGCUGAAGCCCGGCGUGGGGCGGCCGGGGAGCCCCGCCCGCCGCAGGCGAGGCCGCGGCCCUGAGUGGGCGCGGGGAGGCGGGAGGGGCGCGGGGGAGGCGGAGGACAUGUUGUCUCCCCGGCGGAAAGGGCGCUGCGGACGUUCCCCGCCGGCUCCCGAAAAAAACCAGCGGUCCCCGGCGCCCCGGGAGCCCGGCGGCCCCGCGAUGGAGGAGGGCAAUGGCUUCCGCCUGUCGGCCGAGUGCCUGGAUGAGCCGCCCAACAGCCGCGUCUUCGUGGUGCUAGGGAAGGACACCGGGGAGGCGCUGAUCCGGGAGCGUUUCUCCCCUUUCGGGGACAUCCAGAACAUCUGGCUCCUGCGGGACAAGCGCACCAACGAGUCCCGCGGUAUCGCCUUCAUCAAGUUCGCCCGCAGCUCGCAGGCCUGCCGGGCCAUGGAGGAGAUGCACGGCCGCAGCCUGGUCCCCGACACGAAGCCCAUCAAGGUAUUUAUUGCACAGUCAAGAGCUUCUGGAAGCCACCGAGAUGUUGAAGAUGAGGAACUUACACGAAUUUUUGUUAUGAUACCAAAAUUCUACACAGAGGAAGAUCUGCGAGAGAAGUUUAAGAUGUAUGGAGACAUUGAAUAUUGCAGCAUUAUUAAAAACAAGACUACUGGAGAAAGCAAAGGUUUGGGCUAUGUGAGAUAUUUAAAACCAUCUCAAGCUGCCCGAGCAAUUGAAGAGUGUGAUCGAGGCUACAGGGCCAUUUUGGCUGAACCUAAAAAUAAGUCAUCUGAGUCUCUUGAGCACGAUUACUAUAGUAAUAACACAAGACAAGAACCAAGAGGAAAUACGCUUCCAUUUUGUGGGCAGCCUGAGUUUUGUAGUUUUGAAAAACAUGAGAGCAGAAUUCAAGAGUCGGUCUCCAAGCGCCUGUCAGUGGUGUCGCGGCUUCCCUUUGUCCAAGAGCAGUUGUUCGCCCUCUUUGAUCUGGUCCCGGGACUGGAAUAUUGUGAUGUUCAGCGAGAUCCUCAUACCAAUAGUGGGUACGCUGUGAUUCAGUACAGUACUGCUGCGUCAGCAAUAUAUGCCAAGUAUAAAUUACAUGGUUUUGAGUAUCCUCCUGGAAAUCGAUUAACUGUCAUUUUCUUAGAAGAUGGGAGUGAUAGCUCAGAACUUAUCAGAAAAAUGGCCACGCAGCUGGUAACAGCACAGGUGUCAUCCACAUUGCGGAAUAACAAUAUAAAUGUUCAGCAGUAUAGGACACCUCCUCAGUCAUUUGGAGGAACUUCUGGCUCACAGUUACUUCAACCCCAAACAGAUGCCAUACUUCCACCACACAAAAAAAAAGUUCCGCCUGACACUUCUGUGAAGGAAAGGCUUUUCAUACUUUUUCAUCCCCAUCCUUUACCCAUAAAUGUAUUGGAGGAUGUGUUCUGUCGUUUUGGACACUUGAUAAAAGUUUAUCUUGUGGCUGGAAAAAAUGUGGGCUAUGCAAAAUUUGCAGACAGAGCAAGUGCCAGUGAUGCCAUAACUGCGUUACAUGGCAAGACUGUAAAUGGUGUCAGACUUAAAGUAAGGUUGGCAGACUCACCUACAGAAGAAUCUAACAAACGACAGAGAACUUACUGAGCAGGACUUCUCUUGCUAUGUACUGCCCCAAUCUUCUAUAAAGGAGAGCAAAAUAUCUGCUGAAGUGAAUACACCAAUGUAUGUAGAUUAUCACUUCUGAAACUGAGAAGUGUUGAGAAGAUAAAACCAGCUUUUCCAAAUCCUCUUCAAGGGAAUGGAAGAACAUCCAAAUGGGAAGAUCAAGAGCUAAGGGUCUGAUUUUACUCCCAGGAAAGAUAGGGAAAGGCAGGAGUGUGCUUUCACGUCUAGAGUUGCUGCUGCUGCUUGGUUUCUCACACUGAACUGAGCAGAAAGAAAAGACUAAACCAUCUGAGUGGCUGUAUGGGACCAGUGUAACAGUCUAUUUAAUCUGGUGUCCUGCUCUCCACAGUAGUUGGAAACUGGUGCUUGAAGAGAGCACUGAAACGGGGCAGAUGAAGAGUGUUCUUUCUUGGGCAACUUUCAGCAGGCAAAGGACCACCACCUUUUAAGCAGGAACUGCAAAGGAAAUUAUUGUGCUUAACAGCUACAGCUAUCUUUCUUUCAUUUGUAUAAUCCCUUCUUAAAAACAUCUGUCUCUUCAACUCCAUAGCGUUGUACAGCAGCAAGCCAUCUGAUUUAAUAGCACUUUGUAUGGAAAAGUUCUUAAAAGUUCUGUUUUAAACCAGCUGCCUGAUCAUUCACUGAGUCUCCCUGAAGUCUUGUGUGAUGCAAAAUAGCGCACGAUCAUUUCCUGUUGGCUUCCUAUGUGUAAUUCUGGAUUUUAUAGAUCAGAAGACAACUCUUUGUCAGUCUGUUCUCCAGAUGGAAAUUAUCUCCUCAUACAGACGUAUUGCCAUACCUCUGCAUAUAUUAUUUUAGGCAUACAUGCAUUUUCUAGUUCCACAUUUUCAUAUGAAGGAACCGGAACUGUACACAGCACUCAAGCGCACAGGAGAUUUACAUAGGGAUGUAAUGAGCUCUUCUGCUUUGUUCUUGGCUUCUUUUGGAGUAAUUUCUAACAUUGUUUGCCUUUUGGACUACUGCUGAGCAACAAGCUAAUGCUUGCGAAAAACUACUCACAAUGACUCUAAAUGAGAAAGGCUAAUUUAGAGCCCAUUAUUACGUGUGUUUAUUUAGGGUUAUUUUCAUUACUGUUUACAUUAAUUUGCAGUUAUUGACAUAGACUUUCAGCUGCCGUCUCGGUGCUCUAUCACUUGCUAUUGUCAGAUCCUUCUGUAACUGCUCAGUCAGCUUUUGUUUUGCUUACUGUGAGUAAUUUUGUACCAUUGGGAAACCGUGAAGAUCCUUGGUCCUCACACAAGUAGUUUUAGCCUAUUUCAGUGCAACAGCUUUUGGCCAGAAGUAUUCUAAGUGAUUCAGCCCUAAGGAGGACCCACAGAAGAAAGUAAAUAAUACUGUGUUGGUGGUCAGUUUCUGUGAAAGAAAGAGGACAUUGAUCUGGUUCCUACUUAGAAUGGAGUUACCUGAUAUUGGUCCUGAUGGCAGCUGUGUUUUCUGAUUCUUGGAGAUGUCUCUUCAGUCUCCUGAUGCUCCUGUGCUCCAGGGUGCGUUGUUUCCAUUUUGCUGGCACUUGCCUUUUGCUGCCUUUACCGCAUGUGCCUGCUAUGAGCCUCCCACUGCCUCCUGAAUUCUUCCUCUGCCUAAUUUGUUUUAUUAUCAGACACUCUUUAAUGCUCUUUGGUGCUCUACUUCAUGCUCGUUCUUCAAAGCAUUUCCAGUUCACUGGUUACUACUGCUGUAUUCUCGCAGUUUUGCAUAAUUCGAAUUAAUUUGCAAAAAAGACAAGGUGUAAUAUGCAAAAAUCUUUAAUAAAAACAUGUGUCUUCUA